AUGGACAAGUUCCUCGUCGCGGUGCCGCCUUCCGCCGACGAGGGCCCCAAAGCGCCACAACCGCCGCCUCGGAGGUGGCACCGGUGGAGCCGUAUCGCCGUGGAGCUGGAUGGCCGUGUCGACGCCAGGUUUCGACAUCGGGAAUCCCGCCGUCUCCUCGAUUCCCUUGCCGAGAUUAGGACCUUCGAACACAAGUACUACACGCAUGGCGAGGAACGGUGCCCGACAUAUGUGAAUCGCAUGAUUAAUGCUUCAACAUUUGCUGGGUGUUACCAUCCAGCUAGGGAGGGGGUUUCGGCAAUGGAAUUUGAUAAAAAGGGAGUAUACCUCGCAUCAGUGACAAUCUCAGGAUGUUUAACAGUGCAUGACUUUGAGACCUUAUACUGUUCCUUGUAUGGCCCAUCAUGUAGUUUACCAGAUGACUCAUCAAAUUAUGUGCUCCAUAUAUCAAACUCAAUGCCUCUGUGUGCUGUCCGAUGGAAUCCAGGAAAUCAAGACGAGAUUGUUUGCUCAUCUAGCCAAACUGACAAAGUUUUACUGUUUGACAUUGGGUACGUCUCAUCUGCUCCGACUGAAGUUUUACAGAAAGGGAAGACCAAAUUUCAUGGUCUCUGCUCGGAAUCCCGGAAGGGUUUGACUGAUCUAGCUUUUACUCCAGACGAUAAGUCACGGCUAUUUGCUUCUGGACUUGAUGGUGCAGUCUACAUGUGGGACAGGCGGCUAAGUAAGACACACUGUGUUGAGCUUACAGCACUCCCAGAAUCUCAAUUUACCAGUGUCAAGUUAAAUAUGGAUAAUCGGACAGUGUUUGGCGCAACUAGAAAUGGGACCAUUCAUGUUUGGGAUACACGUGGAGGGAGGGCAUCAGCUGCUUUUCAAAGCCAUAAUGAGGUUCAACCUUUGUCAUCAGUGAAGAUAUCAACGUUGUUGGGAAAAAUUGCAUCGCUGAAGGAACAAUCAAACAUUGUUUCAAGUGAAAUUCUGUCGAUAGACUUUAACCCUAGUUGCUCAUAUCAGUUAGCCUUCCAUCUUGAUGAUGGGUGGUCUGGAGUCCUGAAUGUCAACACUUUCAGUGUUAGUCAUCUGCACUGCCCUCCUCCUGCUUGGUUGGAGGGUGUGGGCUCUGUGUUGCAUAAGCGGAAAGCGACCUGGCUGUCAACAUCUUCAAUUUAUGCAGUCGGAUCUUCCUCCAGUAAUGGAAUGUAUGCACUGGAUUUUCAUCCAGAUACAAGCUCUGCAUGCCAUGUGGACUACAACGAGGAAACAAAAGGCUCCGAGGAAAAUCAACCUGCAGAAAACAAGUUUAUUCCCUUAUCCGAAAGGGCGCUUUCCUGUGCAGCCCAUCCACUCAGUCACAACAUAAUUUGCGGCACCGAGUUCUCGUCGUUGCUCAUGGUAUCACAAAAGUAUGAGACCGUCAGAGAUCCAGAGUAG